AGAGGAAAGCCCAAAGAGACAAAAUGUCCAAGUUGAUUCUUUAUGGCACAGAGGCUAGUCCUCCAGUUCGGGCGGUUAAACUGACCUUGGCCGCCCUUGAUGUGCCCUACGAGUACGUGAAAAUAAACACCCUGGCCAAGGAGACGCUUUCCCCGGAGUUCCUGAAGAAGAAUCCCCAGCACACGGUGCCCACUUUGGAGGACGAUGGCCACUUCAUCUGGGAUUCUCAUGCAAUCAGUGCUUAUCUGGUGUCCAAGUACGGAAAGAACGACAGUCUCUACCCGAAAGAUCUCCUCCAGCGGGCUGUGGUGGAUCAGCGACUGCACUUCGAGUCCGGAGUGGUUUUCGCCGGCGGACUAAGAAGCAUCACCAAACCACUUUUCGCUCUGGCCAAAGAGCGUUACGAUGCCGUCAUAGAGAUCUACGACUUUGUGGAGACCUUUCUCACCGGGAACGAUUACAUUGCUGGAGAUCACUUGACCAUUGCGGACUUUAGCCUCAUCACAUCAAUCACCGCUUUGGCCGCAUUUGUGGACAUCGAUCCAGUUAAAUAUUCCAAAAUCACUGCCUGGAUUAAAAAGCUGGAAAAACUACCUUAUUUUGAAGACGCCAACGGCCAGGGAGCCCGGGUAUUGGUAGACCUUCUUAAAAAGUUUAAUUUUACCUUCGCUUCUUAA